AUGGAAGAAAAAUGUCAAUUUACUGCAAGCUUGGUAUACACCGUCUGUAAAGAGUUUAUUUCCACCGUCUUUGACUUGCCAUCAUGGGCUCUACACGAAGGACGACGUGUCUGCAAGGGUCCUGUCUUUCUGGGUCGUAUAACAAUUGAUACUAGAGGUUUUCUCUGGGUGCCUCUUCUUGGAGGUUCACAUGUCAUUGAAAUUAAUCCAUAUAGUCGAGAAGUUGGGCGAUUGGUUGAAAUACCUGCAGCUAAAGUCAGCGCAUGCACUUUCGGAGGUUCGAGCAUGCAUAUUUUAUAUGUAUCAACAAUGGGAUACGGUUCUUAUCUGGCAGCUCCACGUGGCGACCGUGGUGGUACGAUUUUCGCUGUCACUAACCUUGGUAAUAACGUGAAGGGAGUUCAGACAACACCAGUCAAUUUGUAG